AUGUCGACAUGUUCUAGACGGACGUUCUCUCUGGAGAACAGCAUUCUUGAUGUGCCGCCACAGGACGAGAUCUUCCGAUACGAUGCCGAAGCAUACAGAGAGGUUCUGAAGGCGCAGCCUUGGAAAUCUGACCCGCACUAUUUCAAAACGUGCAAGAUAUCUGCUGUGGCACUCAUCAAGAUGGUGAUCCACGCGCGCUCAGGUGUACCGUAUGAGAUCAUGGGUCUGAUGCAAGGAAAGGUUGUCGGUGACGCACUUGUCAUUAUGGAUUCCUUCGCACUCCCCGUGCAAGGCACUGAGACGCGUGUAAACGCAGCCGAUGCCGCAAACGAGUACAUGGUAGAAUAUGUUAGUGGGAGCGAGAAGGUCGGGCGCAAAGAGAACGCCAUUGGGUGGUACCAUUCUCAUCCAGGCUACGCAUGCUGGCUGUCAGGCAUCGACGUAAACACACAAAUCACGAAUCAGAAAUAUCAAGAUCCAUUCGUUGCCGUUGUUAUUGAUCCAAACCGCACGAUUUCCGCCGGAAAAGUUGAUAUCGGCGCUUUCCGCACGUACCCAGAAGGAUAUACACCUCCAGGCGCUCGAUCCGGUGGAGGUAGCCAAUAUCAAUCAAUUCCACUCGAGAAGAUCGAGGACUUCGGCGUUCACGCUGAACAGUAUUACUCGUUAAACGUCGAGGUCUUUAUCUCAAGUCGCGAUUCAGAUUUGCUUGGUGCACUAUGGAACAAGUAUUGGGUCAACACACUCAGUACGAGUCCAUUAAUAUCUAACCGAGCGUAUGCAGCAAGUCAGCUCAAUGACCUCGCUCAAAAGCUUGCUAAGGCGCAAAAUACUGUCGCUAAUACUCGUCCGCUAAAAGCCGCUCGCAAUUGUAUUCUAAAGGGUAAACAGCCGGAAGAGAAAAAGAAAGAGGACAGCCAGCUCCUGAAAAGCACACGGGAUAGCGCGAAACUCGCAGCAGAAGCGCAACACGGACUCAUCUCGCAAGUACUGAAAGACGUGCUAUUCUCAACACGACCUGGGCAAGGGCGCGGCUGCGACUGUGACUCCAGUUCCCGUCGCAGAAAAUAA